CCAAGUCUUUAUUCUCAAGUAGUACGACUCAACAGUGGAUUUUCUCUCACAAGUUAGGUUAGAAGUUCAUUACCGACUUCAUUUAUUGACGAUUUAAUGUUAAACAAUUUGAGUCCACGCAAGCAUAUACGCUCGCCGUAAAGUCCACUUCUUACAAUCAAUAGUAUAAUAAAAAACAUGUCAAAUAGUAAAGAGAAGGACGAAGAGAAACCUGUAGUAGCGAAAACAGCCGUAGAUCUGCAAAGGUUAAAACUCGUGAAAUUGAUGAAAAACAUAGAUAAGCCAAUGAUACUACCAGAACGUCCUAAAGCCAAGAGUACACCAUCCGUUCCAGAAUUUGUUCGUAAUGUCAUGGGUAGCAGCGCUGGAGCUGGUAGUGGAGAGUUCCACGUAUAUAGACACUUACGGCGUAAGGAAUACGCACGUCAAAAGUUUAUUCAAGAAAAAGCACAUAAAGAGCUUCUAGAUGCUGAGUAUCAUCAAAAAUUGGAGGAAAAUAAAAAAUUAGCAGAACAAGUAACAGCAAAGAAACGUGCUAAAAGAUUAAAAAAGAAGCAAGGACGUAAACAGAAGAAACAGAUGAAAACUACAAAGGAAGAUGAUGCUGUUAUAGAUGAAAGAUAUAGUGAGGAAGAUAGUUCAGAUGAGAAUGAAGAAGCUGGAACUGCAGAUAUUUUUGAAGAACAUGAAAAUGACAGAGAGAAUACUCAGAAUUCUAAAGACAUGUCCAAUGUUGAAGAUGAAUCAGUGGCAACAGAUAAGAGCCAAGAAAAUGUAUCAAAAGUACCUGUUGAAGUAACAAGUGAGAACAGUCAAUGUGAAAAUGGAACGUGACAAUACGUAUUAAUAUUUCAGUUUGAUUUAAAAUUUCAUGAUACAUUUGUAACCACAAAGUUUGAUUCUACAAUUAGACAAUAUGCUAUAUCACACAUGCAGCUAUGGUACGAUAAAUUUUCUAUUACAUUUUACAAAUAAAGUAAUUUAUCAGAAUAUAAAUUGAAAAUAUAACUGCUAUUGAUUAUUAUAAAUUCUCUUUUUAUUAAAUAUUAAUAUAACAUGUAAACACAAUAUUAAUAUAAUAAAAGUAUUAGUAUAAUUAAUUAUAAAAAAAAUACCGAGAGAUAAUUGAUGCAAAGAAUGCUUGUCAGAAAAUUUUUUAUUUCUUUUUUUACUUGUUUUUAUUAAUUUAUAUUGUAGGUGUCACAUCUGAAUUGUCAUAGCGAUUAGUUCUUUCAAAUAUGUUUGCCAAGGAUUGAGCGAUUUGACGAUUUUCGACGUCUCGGGCAUUCUUCGCAUGUUGCUCCAAUUGUGCUCUUGCUCUGAUUAAAUCCCCCAGUUUUUCAGGCAGCACAGUUUCCUGCAGCAUAACACUCGAUAUGGAUAUACAUAUAUAUAAUAAUCUAUUUUGUAAGACUAUUAUUUGAAUAAUAAUCUUUUGUACUUCA